GAAGAUGUUGAUGAAUGCCUAUUAGGAAAACACGAUUUUCCUGCUGAGCGCGAAUGUGUCAAUAAUUUGGGUUCAUAUCAGUGCUCACAUUGUCGACCUGGAUAAAUUGACUAUGGAGAGACUAGAGCAAAUUGACGAUGGAGAGACAAGAGUUACCGCUGUAUUUGUUCUGAUGGAUAUGAAGGAGAGCUUUGCCAAAUAGGUGAGAAAGGAAACUCCUUGCGAUAGCAGGUCUUCAUCUCCCAGGUGCACAGUUAAUGUUACCCAAUAAAGCUGCAAAUAAAGUAGCCUCUCAGCAAGGAGAGUUUAUAUCCUCAUCUGUCUAAUCAAUACAGCCUUGAUAACUGCAUUAAAGGAUCUCUCCGUCAUAGAGCAAGGGGCAAGUUAGAUUUGUUCAGUAUGUGCUCUCUCAAUUGAAUGCUAGAAGUUGUCAGAAGGAUUGAAACUCCAAGGUUGUGACAACUGGAGAAGUCGUGAUAAGAUGUUCUUCUGCCGCAUUAACCGAGGGGCGAUACAAAGUAUUACUGUCGUGAUGUGAUAAAUCCUAGAUAAUGGAGCCUACAGAAAAACGAGAAAGUAAGAGAAUAUCGGAAUAAGAAUGGGUGAUAUGAAGGGAAAAGUGCCUCAUGUUGUCAAUUGUAGAUAUUUGAUGCAAGGGCAAGAACAGAAAUGAAACGAAUAAAAGUAUAAGUUUCGUGCUGAAAGCAAAUAUUUGAAAUUUUGCAAAAACUGACAGAAAUAAUUGAUUAAUACGAUGGAGGUGCACUUUAGAUGAAUAAGAUCUAUGUCAAAAUAAGGAACAUUAUGGUUUUUUCAUCUUCCUUUAAUCUUGAAUAGAUAUUGACGAAUGCGUCUUAGGCAAGGAGAAGUGUUCCUCUGAUGGCAGUUGUGUUAAUGUUAUGAGCUCAUACGUCUUAGUUUUCCGUCUCGUGUAACUCGUGUGUAGAUAUUGAUGCGUGUACAUCAAGCAAACACGAUUGUUCCUCUGAAGGCGACUGUGUUAAUGUCGUGGGUUCAUAUCAGUGUUCUUGCAAGCCUGGAUUUACUGGCAAUGGUAAAAUUUGCCAAGGGAAGAUUUAUUUUAUAUAAAAGUGCAAAGCUAUUGAUUACUCUCUUCACUAGUCUUGCAAGUCAGAAAUAACUGAUGCGUUUCGCAAGGUCAAUUGUCCUUAAAAUCACUGCUAAAAAAGGGUCAGUCUUUACAUUUUUAUGUAACAGAGAAGGCUGCCUUCACAUCAUAAUCAGCAAAGUUGCUUUUUUAAGGAUAUUUAAAAUAUACAGAACGAUGCCGAACUUCUGGCAAACCUGUGACUUCACGACCUCAGCACGUUACACUUUUUUAGUAGACUCUGGGAAACGCAAAAACAACCCCACCUAUUCUGAUAAUUUCCCUACACCUUGAUUAGUCUUAUAUUCAAUUACUACUUAGAUAUCGAUGAGUGUAACGAUGGAAGCCAUGACUGUCACUUUGCGGCCGAUUGUAAAAACACCGCUGGAUCAUUCGACUGCAGCUGUCAGUCUGGACACCUUGGAGAUGGACGGCACUUUUGCUCAGGUAUAUCUUGAUCUUUAACCCAAAACAAACAAAUGUGAGUGAGUAGAGUGGUUUGAACAUAACCAAAGUUAUUCUUUUAUUACUUUCCUAAAACAAAUCACUGAAUUUAUUUUGCGUUACCAUUUCUAAGACACGAAAACCUAAGGCUUUCUUUGAAACCUGACAAACUAUUUAACAGAUUACUGGAAAAAGGUCAACGGGGUAUCCUUGUAAGAUAUUGUCGAUACAAUUGUUUCCUUGGCAUUGUGGUAUUUCAUCUUUUUUUCCCUUUUUUUCGAGGCAGGACAUCAGUCUCUUUCAUGACACCAAGGUGAUAUAGUUGAGUUAAGAUGAGAAAAAAUGGUCACCCUUGAGGUAAACAAACGUCAGGUGCAAAGGGUUUAAGUUAGGGUUUGGUGGUAUUUAGUGGUUUUUUGGAAUUUUUUUUUUCGCUUUUUACGAGGCAAGAAAUCAGCCUUUUUCAUGACACCAAGGCGAUAUAGUUGAGUUAAGACGAGAAAAAAUUUUACUCUUGAGGUAAACAAACGUCAGGUGCAAACUUGAGCCUUGUAAGUGUACACCAACCUAAUCUACAUUGAGAAUUUUCUAUGUGAUUGACAUCAAGUGGAUUCACUUUAAUUAUAUUCAAUUUUACCCUCCUUCUUAUUUGAAUUUGGUUAUUUAGAGGCGUAGGUGUUCAAGUUUGGGUUUAUCACUUGAAAUAUUUUAGCUUAAAAAAGGGUUGAUGGUCUUUUCAAUUUUCAUUUCCACAAAAAUAAAUCUAUCAUUAUUCAGCAUGUUCUUUGUUUCAAGUAUUUCCUUAAGCUUUCAUCUUGUUGUAAAAUAUUUUUUUUUUAAUGGGAAUAAAUGUGCAUGCCUUCUCGCACGUCUUUGUCAUGGAGUUUUUUGAAGCGGUUCAACCUUUUUUAAUUUUGAUCGUUUAAUAAAUUAAUCUGCAAUUGAACGCACUCGACAGAUUUUCAAUUUCAUUUAAUGCAAACAUCAAAUUGGUAACACUGAAAAACGUCUUGCGUAAGGCAAUCUUCGGCAAACGGUUAAUUAGUUAUUUCCAAAGGCUAACAUCACGCAUUCAAGUGAUUUUUUUUUCUCCUACAGUUUGUUUCUAAUUCUUAAGACGCAAUGUUUUGUUUUCAAAUUAAGUUAAGCCAUGGGAAUAUUCAAAUCAUGUAUUCGUAAAUGGUAAAAAAUAAAAUUCUAUAACUUCUAAGGGUGCUGGUCUCACAACUGCCUCUUACAUUAAUAAUUACUUUCCUCUUUUUUGAUUCUGCAAUUCGCUCUAUUAUUUUGAGUGUUGAAAUAAUAAGUCUGGUUGCAUUUACAAGAGAGACCAGCGUUUCAUUAAGCUCGCUAUAGCUAGCUGAAGGGUGUUCUCACUAAGGACAAUAUGGUACUGCUCUCACCUGCCGUUAGUGAUCGCUCAGUGAGUAAGGUCCAAGCUUUUCUAUGGAUUUUACGUUUUGGUGUGCUGGUGCAUGAAGGUAAGUGACUCAUGCCAAAAGCCGACAUCGCCGACAUUUCCAUCUAUUAUCACUGUUGUAUUCCUGAUCAGAUUCAUAUCCUUGUGUUAAUGGUACAAAAGGAAGAAGAAAUUAAGUGUGUGAAAAGAGAAAACUCAUUAAGUUAACUUUAAAUCUAUUCCGAGUGAUAAUGUGAAAUUUCGAAUUCUCAAAGUAAAUAUGGCAGAAAUGGGAUAUUACACGAUAGCACGUUAUUGCAAAACUACCCUGUUUACAAUGCCGUGAUCUUAGUUGGGCUUGAAGGAAACGUGAACGUGGAAAGAAUAUCUGUUAGUAAAGUUAUUGCGGAUUCACGGCGACAUUUGUCCCCUCAUGGUAUGUCCACAAUUUUUGAGUUGCUGAUGUUCAAUAAUAAAUAGAAUAGAAAAGAGACACUGAUGAAGACCUUGAAAGCUAAAGGAGUAAUAGCAUAGAUUUGCUAUCGUAAUAAAUUUCUAAAGUUGACGUUCCAGAGCGAAGCGCUAAAGGUUAUUGAGUUCUACCCCCACCGAUGCAGCGUUACAGUUUCCUUAGAAACCUACCCCCUUAUUUGAAAACCAAAUCCUAUUUAAAAUCUCAAUCAGUGAACAUCAAUCUUGUUCUUCAGUGUAAUGGGUAAAUAAAAAAAUGAUUGUUCGAAAAAGCAACUUCUCUGGUGGAAUGAAUAUGAUUACUGGAUAAUUCAAGUUUGCAGGCUAUUUAGCUAAGUCACUCACCUAAAGAAAAGAGAGGAAAGGCUUAUCACCCGCCAUUCUUUCGAGAAUGAAAGAGCAUAGCAAAUAUUCGUUUUUUCUUUUUAGUCGAGCGGCAAAUCAAGAGUUAAUUAUGUAGUUUCCCUGGCAUUUAUGGGACAACUUUAAACCAAUAUUGCCUCCUUUAAUUUUACCCUUUAAGGUGGCUAAUUUACGUUUUCAACUCAGUUAUUAACACUAAAUUACUUCCUUUAAGCUUGUGUGCUGUUUGAUUUCAUUUUCUCAUUAGCUUUUUCAUUGGCUUCUUUAUUUCUCUCCAAACCCUUAGAUGAUUGCCGAGUGAUUCAGUUCGAAGCAGGAACGAAAAACAAGAUCUUAACAAAACACGUCAUAAGAAGUGAACAAGCAAAGGACAAGGAUAUCUGCGAGUUGAAAUGCUACUUUGAACCAAACUGUGUGUCCUAUAACUAUGGUCCGUUGGGAGAUGGAACAUUCACAUGCGAGCUAAGUAACAGAACUCAUUUGCAAGUCUCUCCCAGUUACUUCGAAUAUAGGAACGGCUCUUUGUACACAGCAAUCAUUGUAAGUAAAUAACAAUAUCAGUUUUACCAGGAUGAUCGUUCCGCAAGCGAGAAACCUCUGUUUCAAGUUGAUCCUCCUCGUUUAUUUAUUUACCCACUUUAUUAUUUAUCUAUCUAAAUACUCAGUCUAUUUAUUUACUUAUCUAAGCUUUAUCUAUCUAAUUACUUGAUUCAUCUUUUGCAUUUUAGAAUUCCUGUGAGAGCAAUCCGUGUGUUAGUAACUCUACAUGUCAAGCGGGGUUUGGCAGUCAUGGUUACCGCUGUAUUUGUUCUGAUGGAUAUGAAGGAGAGCUUUGCCAAAUAGGUGAGAAAGGAAACUCCUCGCGAUAGCAGGUCCUCAUCUCCCAGGUCCACAGUUAAAGUUACACAAUAAAGCUGUUAAUAAAGUAGCCUCUCAUCAAGGAGAGUUUUAAAUACUCAUCUGUUUAAUCAUGACUGUCACUUUGCGGCUGAUUGUACAAACACCGCUGGAUCAUUCGACUGCAGCUGUCAGUCUGGACACCUUGGAGAUGGACGGCAUUUUUGCUCAGGUAUAUCUUGAUUUCUGACUAAACACGAAAUCUUAUUUAGGUAACCUACGCUACGCUUUUUCCACCUCUUUACACCAUAUCAACAGAAGAAAGCUACAAGAUUUGAUUUAUCAAUCGCCAAAGUGUUGUUAACCAUUUAAGUGUGGCUUGCAAUUGUGCAAUGCGAGCUAACGCAGCUAACGCUCAUAUCUGUCACAGAUAUUCAAUGAGGCGUCCUUCAGGUCAAGAAAAUUGCAAUUUUCGACACCAUUUACGCGCGGCGAUACUUAUCAAAAUACUAAUCUGACUAAUCUUAUCUGGGCAAUUGCAAAGUGAGAAUUUUUUUCUAACUUCUAUCGACAAGCUCUUUAUUUCGAUCAAACUCUUACUUGACUUGACUUGCUAAUAUCAUUUUUAAAACCUACUAAUGUUCUUAACAGAUAACUGGAAAAAGAUCAACACCGAUCCUGUCUGCUUUGGGACAAAAAAUGACGACUACGGAUCCUUUGAAAUCCAAGAAGCCAGUAAAAUCUACACCAUCAAACUUGUCCAUACAUAUGGCGCCGUAACAUGUGAUACUUACUACAAAUCAACAAGGAGAGGAAGUUCACACCCACGUUUCGGACGUCAUAGACUACUGACGGUGAUAGCUUACCGCAACAAGACUGUUCUUCCACUUGCUGAGUUCGCGAAAGGCAGUGAUGACUAUAGGCACCAACUUAACGAUACUUAUGUCAACUCCCCGACGCUUGUGUUUAACCUGCUCCCCACCCCCCUGGUUGUGUCAAUUGGACAGCAGUUCCUAAUAUGGUAUGGGCAAGACUUGGCUAAUUAUACCGAGUACAAUAAUGCUGGUGAGACAUGCGCAGAUGUUUACGCUUUGUACCCUUAACCUAAACUUUAGCAUCGAACUUAACCUGAAUCUAUAUAUGUACAUAUGUAAAUAUCUCUGUAAAUCUAUGUAUCUAUGUAUGAGACCAAUAUAGUAGCCAGCUCCCAAUUGGCUUGUUAGCUCAGUUGGUGGAGCACUGCACCGGUAUCGCAGAGGUUAUGGAUUUAAAUCCCGUACAGGCCUGAAUUUUUUCAGGCCCUAUUUUCAUUACUGCUCAAUAAGUGUUCAUUACUGUGAAGAUCGCUUUCAUAUUCAUAGCUUAAAACCGUAGUUCACAUAUAUGAUAUUCAUAUAUUUACAGUAGUGUUAACACUGUCACGCGGGAAUCGUUACACGGUGUAAGGUAGCAAAACAGGGCGCACUUUUAUGCCUUUCUUUGAUGGUGGAGUUCACUUUGGAAGUGCUUUUAAAGAGAAGCUCGACUUGGCGACAGGUAUGGGAAACAUGGACAAUGGACAAUGCGCUCGAGUCACAAACAAAUACUGGAGGAUUUGGCGGUAGACCCUCACUGAAAAAUGAUGGCGAGCGUACAUUUCGAAAGGGAUCGUUCCGCGAACUCUGCAAAUAUUUCAAAAAAAGUUCUUACUAGAUCUCACAGGAGCUCAAUCCAGCAACAAUAAAGUUAUAAAACACCUACACUGCUUCUUUUUUGAAAUCAAUGAGAACGAAUCAGCGUUGAUAAUGGUCUCAAAACUGAGCCCUUUGUUUUGUACGAUGGGUGAUACAAAUUGGUCUCUUAAGGAGCGAUGCACAACUGAUGAUAUGUCCACAGUUUCUGCAAGAGUUCCCGCGAUCUUGCUUCUACUUAUUGAAUACGUUGGAAAGUAGUAGUUGUACAUAUAUAAAUACAACUAAAAAGACCAAAUCAGUUAUUUUCUAGCAAUUUUGGCCAAUGUCGAGACCAUUACUCGAUGACAAUUUCACAAUAGACCUUACGCAAAGAGAGAAGUUUUUCGGUAUUUUUCAGAACAUAGUUCGUGGUAAUUCCAACGAAAACUAACACUUCCCUCGUAUCAACAUUAUCUUCAUCCAUUUAUAAUGGUAACUGAACUUAGUGGAGUGCAAUUUGGGAUGAAAUCAUACGCGUGAUUUUUAAAAUCGAACGAGCGCGCAGCGUGAGUUCGAUUUGAAAUCACAAGUAUGAUUUCAGACCAAAAUUGCAUGAGACGAUGUUCAAUUACCACUAUAUUACCUCCAUUUUGAAAUUGCCCAAAUACAGGACUUGGUCAGUUCAAAUAUUUUAUUGAUGCAGUACUGAGCCGGUCUGAAAUUAAAUUCAUCCAUUUUUGGGGGGGGGAAAAAGUAAGAGUUUGGAAACAAAAGUUGCAAAAUUUGCCACAUGAUAUUCUUUGUCUUUCAAUUUCCUCCAGUUUGAUCGGUUACUUUAAACGAGCCUUGAAAUCUGAUUGGUUGUUUUGUUUUUAGUGUAGCCUCCUCAUUGGCUGGGAAAAAGAUGCGAUUUAAAGCAAAGAAUGGUGCGAUUCGGGAAUAAAUUGCAUCAAUUGGAACCAAUCAGAUUACAGGGACCACCAGUGAUUUCAAAAUUGGUGUAAUAUAUGAUAGAAUUGUGGCGGAAAAGCCCUAAUCUCUCGCCAGACUCCCUAUUUUUUGGACGUCCAAACAACUUCUCGCCACACGUUCCUUUCCAGCGAGUUACAAUGUUUGCCUCGUGACAAUCACACAAAUCUGUGCUCAAACGCAAGGAUCCGAUUACUGGCAACUUAUUUCCCCGGGAAAGUUCCCUAUGUAUUACAUCAUCGACCUCCUGUUUUUGUGGAAAUGUCAUGCGAUGGUAAGCGAGCAAAACUUAAUCUCUUUUUUGACUUCCUGUUUUUUUUAAAGAAUCACUCAACCGCAUGAGGCCAUAAAUGUGAGUCUCAUUUCUUUGAAAUAAAACCGUCUUUUGUUUCUCGGAAAUCUUUCAAUUUCAUAACCAGUCAUUCUCAUGACAUAAUUCCAUCAAAUUAUUUCCAUCAUAUGGAAAGUAUUACAGAGUUGCAUUUUCAGCUCAUUUUCAGCUCAUUUUCAUGAAACAAGCUCGAACCGCCAACUCUUAUACCACUUCAGUAUCCGUUCAUAAGAAAACGUCUGUUCUUGAAUUAAUUUUGUUUUCGUGAGUUCGUCGUCUUGUUGUUAAUUUCGGCAAACGAUUUAGAGCUAAUUUAGAGAAAAGAAAAUAUAAACAAUUGGGGGUUAUCAAUUGACCUCCGUUGCCGAUCUCUGACAAUGUUUUCAUCAUUCUCAUAAAAUAAUCAUAUCUCAUGAAAUAGUCAUACGGGGGACCUUAAGCAGUUAGGACGGUAAAGAUAAAGAAGACUUCGAUUAUAAAAUGAAUUGAAUUUAUUCUUUUAGUUAGAAUUUCGUCUCUCACGGCGCCGCACCUCAACUUCAGCAAAACGUGAGUAAGCAGCAUUGAGUACUAAAUAGAAACUUAAAAAAUUGAGUCACUCACAAGAGUUUGAGUCUUAGAUAGUACCAAAUUACUGCAUUUCAUCUUUGCCUUGUUUUCUUUGUGUCUAACUUCCUAUUUGCACAAGACUGGUAGCUGUAGUAGGUUAGUAUAGAAUGAAAUGGUACAUCCCUUUCCGAAGGUGUACUUCUUCUAAAGGGAAGAAAAUAUAUCUCCUCUUAUCCCUUUAACUCCCAAGAUCUGAUGUCAAUUCUCCCCUCUAGCUACUACACAUUUCCUUGUAAAUUGGUUACGAGAGUUAGGUGUUCAAUCAAGCUAAUAAAUCGUACCUGAUGAGUUUGAGUGUUUUCUUCAACUGUUUACUGUUUAUACUAUAGGGAGAAGUUACAUGGUAAUCGCUUCAAGGAGUGAAAGGGCUAAAAGGUAAGACAGUUUUUUCCAUUAUUUGCGUAAGUCAUAAGAGGAAAUCGAACUCCCAGCGGAAGACUGAAGAAAUUUGCUUCGGCCAAGUUUCAAGUUUACAGAAAGCCUGCUCUGAAUUUGAUACCCACCCAUUGUUAUUUUUCAUUCGCAAUUACAAUAAAAAUAAUAAAAGGCUAAGUGUCGUUAUUUAAAGUUUGCCAUCAAGCAGCUGCUCAAAUUUUCAAGCCUAAGUAUGAGCACAUUUUUUGCUAGGGAGAUUUUUUCCUCCCAAAAGUGUUUGUCUAACUCGUUCAUCAAUUAACCAAAGCUGAUGUGCGUCCACCGAUAUUUCUUUAUAAAAACAGGUCUUCAGGUGUUCGGCAUCAUAGAACGCCCCAAAGAUUUGAAAUUGAAUUUCUGCUUGAAAGGUAGGAAUAGUUCUUGUUAACAGUUUUAUUGAGCGAAAGUAUCAUAUGAAAUGUAACAACUAUAACCGAAUUAUUAUGAGAAAAAAGUAGAGAGGUAUAUUUCUUUCAGACCGACGACACACAAAUAUUAUUGAGACAACUGAACUAAAAUUAGGCAAAGUUGCAGUUGAUUAAAAAGAAGGACGAUGUUGAAAGUAGCUUGAUAUAUUUCCUCCCUCACAAGUUUAAUUUUUUGAAACAGCACACUACUGCCUGUUAAAAAUAGGUCUCACGUUUCCUAGAUUCGCUUAAAUUGCCUAAAUAUUUCUUAACUUUUUAAACAGGAAAAAUGCUGGAGAAAAUGAAAUGUUACCUACUCUUGGCUCUUUUUACAUGUCUGGAUUGUUUUUCUGCAAAUAACCAGUGCGGAUUAAGUAGCAUGGGAGGUAUGGCUCGUAAGAAUUCACGUUUUCAGGAUAUGAUGUAGUCAGCCCUCCAUAUCUGUUAUCUACUGUGCGAAAAAAAAGAGUUAACUUCCACGAAAACAAAAUUAUAAAAAACAGAAGAUAGUAACCCACUGUUAGCUCUUUUGAGUACCACACACCAUCCAAGAUCAUUAUAUUUCGGCUGCAAUUACACCUGAAGCCUUUCUAAGGGUGAUUUUCCCCUGGAAUAAAUUAUUUACUCUCUUCACAAUAUAAUUGUUUGAUAUCAACCCUCACGUAUUGUGAGUAAAAGAGUAUUAGUUUUGACCAUCUCUCCUAAAAGAAAAAAGGUCGAAAGAAAUUACCUUUUGGAGAUGUAAAUGCCGUACAAAAGGCUUUCGCGUUGAAAGCAAUUUGACUGAAUUACUGCCCAUAAUAUGGAAAGGUUUGCCACCUGUUCAUGCUUUUUUGACAUAGCUGAUUAUAUUUCUCAUUGGUUUCCUUAUUCCUUCUUCCUCCCUCAGAUGAUUGUCGAGUGAUUGAAUUCAAAGAAGGAACAAAAAAUAAGAUCUUAACAAAUCACGUCAUUAGGAGAGAUCAACUUCCAGACAAGGAUAUUUGUGAAUUGAGAUGCUAUCUUGAACCAAACUGCGUGUCCUACAACUAUGGUCCACUGUCAGAUGGAACAUUCACAUGUGAACUGAAUGACAGGACCUACUUACAAGUCCCCGCCUCCCUCAAAGACAAAAGCGGAUUUGUAUACACAGAAAUUUUUGUAAGUACGGCCUGGUAACAUUCAGUUUUACAAAGGUGAUCAAUUUACGAAUAAAAAAAACUCGGGUACAGUGUUGUUCCCGUUGAUUUUAUUUAUUUAUCUAUUCAUAUUUUUAAAAUUGAUUUAUUGUAGAAAUUGAUCUAUUUUCUUCUCAUCUUUUCAGAAUCCUUGUGAGAGCAUUCCAUGUGCCAAUCACGCCUCAUGUCAAGCGGGCUUUGGUAAUCAUGGAUACCGCUGUAUCUGUCCUGCUGGAUAUCUGGGAGUUCAGUGUAAAACAGGUGAGGAGAAAAACCUCUAAAAUGAUGAGUUCAGACAGUUCAAUAUUUAAUUGGUUUUACAGUAAAGUUAAGCAGCUAUAAUUUCCAAAAAAUUAUUCGUGCAACAUCACGGAGAAAAGACAGGAGAACAAGCAAAAGAAUCCUGACUUAAAAAAGAUGUGAAAAGGACAGGCAGGAAGAGGAGCAGAAAGAAAAGUACACAGAUACACAGGGCCACUUUCAUAAAGUUGGACGAGGUGUCUCAUCCUGGGGAGUUUUUAGCUUUGAUUUUUUUCUUAAAUUCUGUGUAGAUGUUGAUGAAUGCGUAUCAGGAAAACACGAUUGUCCCGCUGAGCACGAAUGUGUCAAUACUUUGGGUUCAUAUCAGUGCUCACAUUGUAGACCUGGAUAUAUUGACGAUGGAGAGACCUGUCAAGGUAAGAUUUGCAUACAAAGAAGAAGACAACAAAGACAAAAAGAAAAACAGUGGACACACAUAAAGACCAGCAACAAUGUAAUGGUGGUGACAGUAGGUCUUGCAUAUCGAAUAAGAGAAAGUUGAUAAAAUUAGGUCAGCUACCAUUUAUAUCUUAUUCAAACAGACAGAUUAAGAGACGGACAGACAGAGAUUGACGACAGAAAGUAGCAGAUAUAUGGGGAUACGAGAGGUAACUGAUUGGCAUGUUCAAGCCACAGAUGCGCACUUAUCCCAUGGUGGUGGUUACGCUUGCUCUGUAGGCAUAUAGGCCACCAAGAUAGAUAUCAUCUACAGCUCAUUAGGCCUUGUUAAGAAUAUCUAUCUAGGCCAAAGGCAGAGGCCAAAAACAAAGACGAAAAAAGCCGAACGUGGCUACCAACUUGUUAGCUUUUUUUCUCUUCUUUUCUACUAUUAUCACUUCACUGCACAUUCCACGCCUAAAAAAGUUUGUUGAUUACAAAGUCUUCAAAUAUGGCAUGAGCAGAAUUUCCACGGAUGGAGUUUGCUACACUUACUGGCCUCUAGCUCUAUUGGAUUUCAUUCCCCUAUUUAUGAGAAAUUUCACGCGAGGUGUACUUUGCCUAAAGUUCGUUUAGUCCUUCAAUUUUUACUAUUUGAUUUUACUAUGUUUAGAUAUCGAUGAGUGUGACGAUGGUAGCCAUGACUGUCGUGAUGCGGCCAACUGUAAAAACACCGCUGGAUCAUUCGACUGCAGCUGUCAGUCUGGACACCUUGGAGAUGGACGGCACUUUUGCUCAGGUAUAUCUUGAUUUCUAACUGAACACGAAAUCUUAUUUAAGUAACCUACGCUACACUUUUUCCACCUCUUUACACCAUAUCAACAGAAGAAAGCUGAAAGAUUUGAUUUAUCAAUCGCCAAAGUGUUGUUAACCAUUUAAGUGUGGCUUGCAAUUGUGCAAUACAAGCUAACGCAGCUAACGCAGCUAACGCAGCUAACGCAGCUAACGCUCAUAUCUGUCACACAUUUGUCAUAUUCAAUGAGGCGUCCUUCUGGUCAAGAAAAUUGCAAUUUUCGACACCAUUUACGCGCGGCGAUACUUAGCAAAAUACUAAUCUAACUAAUCUUGUCUGGACAAUUGCAAAGUGAGAAUUUUUUUCUAACUUCUAUCGACAAGCUCUUUAUUUCAAUCAAAACCUUUCCUUGACCUGACUUGCUAAUUUCAUUUUUAAAACCUAUCGAUUUUUUUAAUAGAUAACUGGAAAAAGAUCAACACCGAUCCUGUUUACUUUGGGACAAAAAAUGACGACUUCGGAUCCUUUCAAAUCCAAGAAGCCGGUAAAAUCUACACUUUCAAACUUGUCCAUACAAAUGGCACCGUAACAUGUGAUACUUACUACAAAUCAACAAAGUGGGGAUGUUUACACCCAUAUUUGAGAAAUCAUAGACUACUGACGGUGAUAACUUACCCCAACAAGACUGUUCUUCCACUUGCUGAGUUUGCGAAAUGUAGUGUUGACUAUAGCUACCAACUUGACGGUGCUCAUGUCAACUCCCCGACGCUUGUGUUUAACCUGCUCCCCACCCCUCUGGUUGUGUCGAUUGGACAGCAGUUCCUAAUAUGGUAUGGGCAAGACUUGGCUAAUUAUACCGAGUUGAAUAAUGCUGGUGAGACAUGCGCAGAUGUUUACGCUUUGUACCCUUCACCUGAACUUCAACAUUGA